CGAGCUUUCAUCGAAAAUUAUACUUAAAUAUUACUUUAUAACUAAAUAUAUUUACUGAAUUUGAUUCUUACAAAUGGCUGGCAGUAAUGCCACCAAAAGUGUGUUAGGCGAAUUGGCGAAACGUGUGCCAAAUAAUCAGAAGAAACAAUUUCGUCAUUUUCUCGAUCUCAACACUGAAUACAAAAAGCGCGUGAAUAAAUACCCUGAGAAGUUGCCGCGAAUCGAUUGGGACUACUAUCGCACGAACGUAAGGAUAGAAGCCAUUAAAAUGGUGGAUGAAUUCGAGAAAAAAUACGAAGAGUUGAAUAAGGUGUUCGAUGAUCGUGUGAAAUUGGACACGCAGAAAUACUACGAAGAGCUGGAAAAGCAGAGAACAGUAGUGCAGGCACAAGUGAAGCAGUACAUUGCUGAAUCAAAUGAACGUGUGAAAGCUUAUGAAGCUGAAAUAGAACGACUUUGUGAAAUGAAGCCUUAUUCCUCAAUGACAAUGGAGGAGUUUAUUAACUUGCGCCCUGAGUGCUCAAAUUAUAUACCACAUCAACGCAAGCCUCUCUUCUGGCCACACGAUCCAGACGAGCAGACACCGGGACCAGUCGGUCUGCCGAAAAUAGAUGCUGGUCGUGGAGGAGGUGAUGAUGGUGGUAGGGGCGGCAAGCAGCGUGACAUUAAAGACAGCAUGGAAAGUUUCGAAACUGAGCCCCGAAAGAAGCCGCACCCAUGUGAUUUGAUAAAAACGAAAAUAGAGCCUCUUGCUAAAGGAGACGACACCUGCAAUACUGCAUCUAAGGAACUUUAUAAAGAUGAAGUAAAGCGUACCGGCGUUUUUGUGGAUCCAUGCAAUGUUGGAUUUGGAAAGAAAGCCGAUGUUAAGCCAGCGGUUGAAAAAGCUGAAUCUAAAACAGAGCCUGAAUCACAAUCAGUGGAAUCUAAAACAUCACACCCAUGUGAGAUAGUCAAGAAAAAAUCUAACGCUGAUAACGAUAUAUGUAAAAGUGCCUCAAAAAAGGCUCAAUUGGUAGAUGGCAAACGCACCAGCGUCUUCUUUAAUCCAUGCAAUGCUGGAUCUGGCGCAGGGGUAAAAGCAAAUGUUAAAGCAGCAGACAAAAAAUCCGCAGCAAAGACUGAACCGAAGCUAAUGGAACUUAAAAAGACAUCACUGGGCGAGGAAGACAAGAAAAAAUCUGAAGCCGAAAAUGAUCCAUGUAAGAGUACGACGGAAAAUGAGGACCCUAAAGAUGGUAAAGAUAAGACGCGCGUAUUUGUGCAUCCAUGCGCUUUCGGAUCGCACUCGAAAGCAGCUGAUUCAAAGGUAAAGAAGACUACAUCUGACACUAAGCCAUGUACUUCGGAAGUGAUUAAACCAAAAGAAGUUAAAAAAACACAACCAUGUGACGACGCAAAGAAGCCAAAAGCAGAAACCGAUGCGAUAAAAGACAAAAACAAUUUUACCGUUGUGUUUGCAGAUCCCAAAGGUGCCAAAUCACCCAAGGAUCGUUCCAAGGAAGAUAAGAACAAGCUUGACAAGACCUGCGGUGCUCUUCCGUAUUACAAUCCAUUUCGAAGUGAAGAAGAAAAUCGAGAAAAUGAAGAGAAAAUGUGCGAAAAUAGCGAACACGAUGACCCAUGUGCUAAAGAUAAUAUCGAAGAGGAAUAUUACGAUCCAUGCAAAGAUGACAAAUAUGACGAAGACAAGUAGUAGUACAGAGUUCACUACGAGACCUUUUGAAGAUAUGUAUAUAUUUGGAGUUUUUCAUCUAUAUAUUUUUCGGGAUUUUAC